AUGCAUGAGUUCUCUACUGUGGAUGGUUUUGCGGAGAUAAACGAGAGCUUAGCGGAGAUGAUAAAGUACAUUGCAAACGAACCAUCGGUGGGGCUUUACUACAUCCAGCAGCACGUCCGAAACGCAGCGCCGAACGUCCUCAACCUCAACAACAGCGUUCUGGAGAAGUCUCGUGAGACGCUUCUCCACACGGAAGACUUGGAUGACUCUAUAGCCAUGGUGAAGUCGAUGAAAGAGUGCGGCUCACCUAUCGCUGAUGAGAUGAUAGGAGACAUCAAGAACUCUCUAGCGAUCAUGUCUUCGAAACAACCCAAGAGAGGGGUGAUCGUCAACAAUUUCGCCGCCGCGAGCCCUUGGAGCAGAUCAAGCAGUGUAUUGACAACAGCAACGACGACGACGCGUGGUUCUGAUUACAGCCAGGAGAAUAGCGAAGGCAGCAGCUAUUUCACAUCGGUGUUCAAGUCGGCUAAGGAGAAAGCAAGCAACAUUAAAUGGCCACAGCUUGAUUUUAAAGAACAGAAGGUGGAGUCAAGCCCCAAUGUGGAGAGCAAUGAGUUAGUAGAAGGAGGAGGAGAAGAAGAAGAAGUGUUGAGUAAAGGUGAACAUUUGGUAGAGACGACAAAGUUCGAGGAGUUUAAGGCGGGUAAAGAAGCGAGUCUCAAGGCAUGGCUUGGAGAUAUGGAUGGAGAUGCAGAUGUUGAUAGACGUGCUGCUGAGAGGAUUUAG